CUUAACAAAUCCAUAAGCCAUAACUACCUAUUUUAUUUGGCUUUAAGUUUUAAUUCAAAUUCUAUAUACUUAUAGUACAACUACAGCUAGAGAACUACAAUACAACUGCAAAUAGUGCCGUAAAUCACAACUAGUGAACUUCGACUAUUAAAUUCCAACUUAUAGUAAACUAUUUAUAUAUCAGAGAGUACAUAUAAUACGGCAAAAAUAACUUAUAGUGUGGAGUACCAAAGUCAACUCGGUAAUACUCCGCAUACUAUUUCGGUGCGCGUAAUUAUUAGACUAAAAAAAUACAUACAUACAACAUCUCCUCUUCAUAGAUCUAUAGAAAACAUCAGUAUGACAACGGCUAACCCGGAGUUUGCGUAUUCAAGUGGUAUUGCAGACAUGUCUGUAAUACGUAUUAAUAAAGAAAAUUCGGAAAUUCUAAUACUAGAGGAACAAAUCGAUGAUGAAAGUCAUUCUGGAAACUAUAAACAAUCACAAUUACAACCACAACCUAUAAGCUCUAUGUUGAUGGAUACCUCCGACACACUGAUGAGAUCAAAAUCCAAACGUGGACCAUCUACGCCAUUAACUCCGUCAUUACAACAACAAAAUAUAGUGAGGAGGAAACUCAUCCAUCCCAAUCAAUCUCCCACCAAAUCAAAAUCAUUCAAUAAGCUAACUAUAAACGAAGAGAGCUCAACACAACUAGUAGAUACCAAAUUAGAAAACUGGCAAUUGGCUAAGGAAUUAGCCAGAAGUAAGGAAAUCAUUAAAUUCCUACAAUUAGAAAGUGAAUUGGCCCAUUAGAUCUUUGCAUAAAAUUAUUCAGUCUAAUCUAUAAAUA